AUGGGUAACGCUUCAGCCUCUACGCUCACGAGUUCUCAUGGGGAUAAUGCUACCAGCUAUGAUGACUCUACUAUCAUGACCUCUCCUGGGGAUAAUGUUGCCAGCUAUGUUGACUCCAGUAUCAUGGAUUCUUCUCGUGGGGUUGAUGCUACCUGCUAUGAUGUCUUUCUAAGCUUCAGAGGCGAAGAUACUCGUGAUUCUUUUACAGAUCAUCUCUAUGAAGCCUUACAGCGAGCGGGAUUUCUCACUUUUAGGGAUGAUGAUGAAAUCAACAAGGGUCGAGAACUAAAGCCCGAAAUUGAGAUGGCAAUCAAAGCAUCCAAGGCUUCAGUAGUUGUCUUGUCAGAGAACUUUGCCACUUCCACAUGGUGCCUUGACGAGCUUUGCUUGAUCCUCGAGCAAAGGAGGGAGCGCAAUCAUUUCGUUCUUCCAGUUUUUUAUCAUGUCGAUCCCUCGGAUGUUAGGAAACAAGAUAAAACUUUCAAGAUACAAGUCAAAGCAUUUACAAGGUGGACACAUGAGAACGUGAAUAGGUGGAAGGCAGCUCUUACCAAAGUUGCUGAUUUUGCCAGCAUUGUUGUUUCCGGGCUUGAAACAAAGUUUCUGAAGGACAUUGUUGACACCAUUUACAGUGAACUAGAUCACAAAAUAGUUCAUCUUCCGCGCUAUCUAACAGGGAUGGACAUUCGGUAUGAAGAGAUCACUUCUUGGUUAUACGAAUCUGAUCUCAAAUAUUUAGUAAUCUGUGGCAUGGGAGGUAGUGGAAAAACUACCUUGGCCAAGUAUAUUUUCAAUUCAAGUUGGAAAAAGUUUGAAAACAUGAGUUUCAUUGAAGACAUUGGUAGGAAAUGUAAAGAAUCCCAUGAUUUGCUUGAACCACAGAUACAACUUCUGAAAGAUAUUUUAGGGGGUAGGGAGAGAAAAAUACCAAGUGUUUCUUACGGUACGUGUAAGAUCGAGGAGGCCUUGCAAACGAAAAGGGCGCUUAUUGUUCUUGAUGGCAUUGUUGAAGAGAGACAAUUAGUCGCUUUACUUGGAACUGGGGAGAUUAAUCCACGAAGCAAGAUCAUAAUAACCACAGAAAAUAUUGAUAAUUGGUUUAUGUCCUCACCCAGGUUUCAACAGUAUAAAAUGAAGCUACUAAAUGAUAAUGAAUCAUUGGAGCUUUUAAGUCUUAAUGCGUUUGGAUGCAAAAUUCCGACGGAAGGUUUUAAGGAACUUGCAGCACAAGCAGUAAAGUAUUGUGAAGGAAAUCCAUUGGCUCUUGAAGUGUUGGGUUCCUCUCUAUCCAAGAGCAAUACCAUCCCCUAUUGGAAAAGCCAAUUGAGGACAUUGACAAAGGAUAUCCAUUCUCGAAUUCAAGAUGUUCUCAAAAGGGGUUAUGAUUCACUGCCAUUUGCCUCUGAAAAAGGGUUGUUUUUGCAUAUUGCUUGUUUCUUUAUUGGCAAAGACUUGGAUUACGUGGAGAAGAUAUUGGAGCCUGAUUACUCUGCAGUAUCUGGGAUCAAAACGCUAAUCAACAGAUGCCUUGUUUCGGUUUCACCUAGCAAUAAACUGAUGAUGCAUCGAUUGCUUCAAGAGAUGGGAAGAAACGUAGUUCGUCAAGAAUCAUUUAGCCAUCCUGAGAAACGUAGCAGAGUUUGGCUUAGCAGCGACUCUUAUAAGAUCUUGAAAAAAGGAAAGGGUUCAGAAACAAUAGAAGGUCUUACACUUGACAUGAAAAUGCUAAGGGAAGAGGAGGAGGCAAAGACAUUUGUUUAUCCAUCAGGCCUCUGGACAGAUGCACUUGAACUGAUGGAUAACCUAAAAUUGCUCCAGUUAAAUUUUGUAGAACUCAAUGGAUCCUACGAGAACUUUUCAGUAGAUUUAAGAUGGCUUUGUUGGCUUGGGUUCCAUUUAAGAACCAUACCCUCUGAUUUAUUCAUGGGAAACUUGGUGGCUGUUGAUAUGAGCUAUAGCAACUUGGAAGUAUUUGACCCACCAAUGGUUCUUCAUUCAUUGCAGAUUCUGAAUCUUAAAGACUCGCACAAUCUAUUCGAAAUCCGCAACAUUUACAAGAUCCCUCUUCUUGAGACUUUGAUUCUUUGGAACUGUAACAGUCUGGUUCAUGUUUGUGAAACCAUUGGAGACCUUAAUCAUCUCACACUGUUGAACAUGACAGGGUGUCACAGCCUGUGCAAGAGGGAGAAAAAUAAUUUGUUAGAAGCUUCUACUUCUGGUAAAGAAGUUACCAUACAACCUCCCUUUUCCUUCCCACAGUCAUUAGAACGGUUAUUCCUCAACGAUUGCAAGCUUGAGUGUACUGAUUAUCUUCCCCUGAGUUUUGAUGUUCAACCAUUUUUGCAGUACUUGAAUUUAAGCAAUGGCUUAUUUGAGUUCUUGCCUUAUUAUCACCAUCUUAUAAAUCUUCGUGUCCUUGACUUGACUUUCUCCUCAAGACUUAAAUGGCUUUUAUGUCUUCCAAAUACACUUGCAGAGUUGUACGUAUAUUCCUGUAAGUCACUGGAGAAAAUAACUUUCCAAUCACCUCGAUUUACGUUGCAAGAAUUUGGCUAUAGUGGUUGCAUUAAUUUAGCUGAGAUUGAAGGCUUUAUCAAAUUGGUACCAAUAGCCAAACUAGAUGAAUCUGAUUUGGGACACAUGAAGUGGCUAAAAGAAUAUCAAAAUCAUGAGGUGCUCCUGGUUGGUGAUGAUGAGCUCACCUUAGGCAGAAGUUUGCAUGUCCAGAUGUUGUAUGAAUUCGAUAUAAUGAGUACAUCACUGCCGGACGUAGAGGAUUCAAACAUGAUGCCUGAGUAUAUAUCAGAAUCACCAUUUUUGUUCUUUGAUGUGCCUUCGUGCUCCAACAACAAGAGGAUCAAGGGAUUAAAUGUAACUUUCAGAUAUACAUUAUCAGGGGAUGAUGGGGCAUGGUUUGCUAAAAUCAGUACGGACAAUGGUGUUGACUUGAUGUACAACCCCAAAGUCUAUGGUAAACCUGAUUCUGGUGAAGUUGGUAUAUGGGUUAGCUAUUGGCCAAUCAGAAGUGCAAUAGAUGUUGGAGAUAAAGUUAAUGUGUCUAUUGUUGUGCUGAGUGGAUUGAUGGUAAGACAAUGUGGUGCAAGCCUUGUGUAUGCUGAUGACGAAGAAGAGCAUGAAACCUUGGAAAAAAACACGGGCUGGGUAGAAACCCUUGGAGGGAAUUUGUCUGGAUUCCAACUAAGCACUGGAGCAUACUAUCUUUGUCGCCGUGAUCUAUUUGAGUUAAUGGAGGUUGGGAGACUUACUCCACACUGGUUUAGGAUUUUAUUUGGCGAUACCAUCGACUAUACAGAGGUUCAAGGAUGGAGAAAGACUGGUCGGCCAAAGCGGUCGAAUCCAUCAUAUACAGAGUUGAAGACUGUUAGAUGCAUUAUCCAUGGUCCUGAACAGGAAGAAAUUUACAAGAUCGCAGAGAUGUCAAAAUCCUCUUUAGUAGACAAAAAUGUCGACUUCACAUCAAGCAUACUUGGUGUCGGGGAUAUGAUGAAAUCUGGGACUAUAUCUGAAAUUGGUAGUGCAACAAGAAAGGAAGAAAGUGAGAGUUACAAUCUAGAGACAAUAGGCAUGUCUGAUUCUGAUGAGACUACAGAGUCUGCUUUAAAGGAUGAAUCUAAAUCAGCAGUGAUAUAUGAAGUUAGUGAUGAGGCAUCUCUUACAACGGUUGCUGGUUUGAAAGGCUUUAGUGUUUCUACCUAUGAUGUCUACCUAAGCUUCAAAGGUGAAGAUACUCGUCAUUCUUUUACAGAUCAUCUUUACGAGACGUUAGUGCAAGCAGGAAUUCGUCCUUGUAAGGAUGAUGCAGAUUUCAAAAGAGGUGAAGACGUGUGGGUGGGAAUCAAGAGAGCCAUCAGAGAAUCUAAGGGCUCAAUAGUCGUAUUGUCCGAGAACUAUGCAACUUCCACUUGGUGCCUUGAAGAGCUUUCCUUGAUCCUUGAGCAGAGGAGGGAGUGUGAUUAUUUCGUUCUGCCGGUUUUUUAUCAUGUCAAACCUUCAGAUGUUCGAAAGCAAACUAAAACAUUCAAUAUAGAAGUCAAAACAUCUACAAGGUGGACUCAUGAUAACGUCGAGAGGUGGAAGGCAGCUCUUACAGAGGUUGCUAAUUUGGCUGGUCUAGUUCUUCCAUUUGAUACAAGGUCUGAAACAGAGUUUUUGAAGACAGUUGUUAAGACCAUUCUCAAAGAAAUAGAUCGCAAAUAG